CAAUCAGAAGCGCCUCAGCGCCUCGUGGGCGUGGCCAAGCCGAGCCCCUCCCACCGCCGUUGCUUUGGCGGCGGAGCGGCGCGGUUCGGUUCGGCUUCGGUUCGGGCGAUGAAGAACCGGAGGCUGUUCCCGAUUCGGGGCCGCGGGGAACCCGGUGAAACCCUGCUGAGCUCCGGCGGCGGUACCUGGUGACCUGCGGGACGUUGGACCUGUGCUAUGCGGUGGUGGCUCCGCGCGGCCUUCCUCAGCCUGCUCGCUGGGACCGACGGCAGCGGGCAGAGCGGGGCCGUGGUGGGUCGAGUCGGAGACAGCGCUGUGUUGGGUUGCGAUCUGUUGGGAACCCAAUCGAACCGACCGCCGCUUUACGUCAUCGAGUGGCUCCGGGUCGGUUUCGUCCUCCCCAUCUUCAUCAAAUUCGGCCUUUACUCACCGCGAGUGGAUCCGGAGUACAUCGGUCGCGUGCGGAUCGAGGAGGGCGCAUCACUACGCAUCGACCUGCUGCGUGCUGAGGACCAGGGUUGGUACGAGUGCCGUGUGCUUUUCCUCGACCGACCCAGCAACGACGCUGACUUCCAAAACGGGACCUGGAUCCACCUCACUGUCAAUGCACCCCCAACCUUCUUGGUGACCCCCCCGGCGUUUGUGGAGGUGCGGGACCGCGAUGCGCUGAGCCUCACCUGCAUGGCCGUGGGCAACCCACAGCCCAUCAUCAGCUGGAAGAGGAGUGACCUGGCCUUGCAGAGCGGGGACACAGUGCAGGUGAGGAACGGGACGCUGAGCAUCGCCGCGGUGGAGCGCACCAGUGCGGGCACCUACACGUGCCAUGCAUCCAGCAAGGAGGGCACCAUCACCCACACCACCCGUGUGCUCGUGCAGGGGCCGCCCGUUAUCGUGGUGCCACCGCAGAAUGUCACCGUUAAUAUCUCCCAAGAUGCCUUCCUGGCAUGCCAGGCUGAGGCAUACCCAGGAAACCUCACGUACACCUGGUUCCAGGGCAGCAGCAAUGUCUUCCAUCUCAGCCACCUCCAGGCACGGGUACGCAUCCUGGUGGAUGGGAGCCUCCUGCUCCAGCGAACCACCCCAGAUGAUGCAGGCAAAUACACCUGCAUUGCCAGCAACGGGCUGUGGAAGCCGCCUUCAGCCUCAGCCUUCAUCACAGUGCUGUACCCAGCACAGGUGACAACCAUGCUGCCAGAGACCCACCUGCCCAAGGGAAUGCGAGGCAUCAUCCGAUGCCCCACCAGAGCCAACCCCCCUCUGCUCUCCGUCAGCUGGACACGGGAUGGACGCCCACUGGAGCUGGGCAAGUUCCCAGGGUGGUCCACGAGACCUGAUGGUUCCAUCAUCAUCGCCACGGGGAAUGAUGAUGCUCUAGGGGUGUACACCUGCACCCCCUACAACAGCUACGGCACCGCCGGUGCAUCCCGACCCACCCGUGUCCUGCUGAAGGAUCCCCCCACCUUCACGGUGCGUCCCAAGGAGGAGUAUUUCCAGGAGGUGGGCAGGGAGCUGGUGAUCCCCUGCAUGGCCCACGGGGACCCACCACCCACCAUCACCUGGGGGAAGGUGGGCAGUGCAGGGCAGAUUGGUGCCCAGGUGGAUGGGAACAGCAGCCUCAUCUUCCAACCCAAGCCAUUCUGUUAUUCAAUGAUUUUCACCCCGUUCUUGCCCACUCUUUUCUCCCCAGGCUUCCCAGUGACCACAGUGCCUCCGGAGCCACCGGCCAUCACCGUGCACAUCCUCCUGUCCCCACCUCAGGCUCUGAGUGCCAACCAGACAGCACGAGGAGUCCUACUACGUUGGCAGCCCCCAGAGCAGCUCUCGGUGCCGCUGAGUGGUUACGCCUUGGAGCUGCGGCAGGACCGGGGUGGUUGGGAGGUGCUGGAACGCUCCAUCCCCAGCACGGAGAGCCAGGUGUUGGUGCCAGGGCUCAUCAAGGACGCCUUCUAUGAGUUCCGCCUGGUGGCCUUUGCUGGCAGCUACAUCAGCGACCCCAGCAACACAGUGAACGUCUCUACAGCAGGGAUGGAGGUGUACCCAUCCCGCACGCAGCUCCCCGAGCUGCUCCCACAGCCUGUGCUGGCCGGGGUGAUUGGUGGAAUCUGCUUCCUCAGCGUGGCCAUCAUCUUCAGCACCACGGCCGCCUGCAUCAUGAAUCGACGGCGCGCCGCACGCAUCCGGAAACGACAGCGAGAUCCACCGCUUGUCUUCUCCCCCAGCAAGAAGCUCCCAGCUGCUCACCCUUCUCACACCUCUGAUAGCCCACCCAGCACAGCCAAGCUAAAGCUGCAUCCCUCUCCGUGCCCCAGCCUACGCCGGGCUCUGUUAUGGGGUGAGAAGGCAGGCACCAGCCUGGGGCUGAGCAUCGCUGGGGGGUCCGGUGCUGGAUACACCCUCUAUGAGAGCCACGUUGGGGAGCACGUCCCACUGGAGCGCAUCCGCCGCGGCCCCGACGGCCGCUUCGUGGUGGAGACCACCGAAAGGACCCCCCCACAACAGGACCCCCCCUCUGCACAUCGCCAGGAAACGGAGCCCAUCUGGCACAAGGAGGUGGCGUUACGUCCUCGCCCCCCCCGAAAUCCCCCAGUGCCCUCUGGCCGCCGUCGGGGUCGAUAUUUCGGAUACGGCAGCAGCAGCCCUGUGGAUGAAGAUGCUGCCCUGUGCAUCCUCGAUGUCAGCCCUGUGGCCUCUCCUGCCACUCUGCCUUACAGCCCUGACCCCCCCAGUACCCGUUGGGACUCACUGCCCCCCCAGGGCGCCCCCCCGGACUCCAACACCCCGCAGCGGACUGCGUCCCCCCCACCCCAAAGCAGCAUCCUGCAGUACCUCAGCCUGCCCUUCUUCAAGGAGAUGUGCGUGGAUGGCGACUGGCCCCCCACCGAGGAACCACAGCAGCCCCCCACACCCCCCCAGCAGCAGCCCGAGGGGGGGCAGGACUGCACAGAUCCAUGUGCCAAGCUCCCCUCGGCCCCCACCCUCCUACAGCCCCCCAAGGUGCCACUGGGCCCCAUUAAAGCCUCGCUGCCUGGCCCCCCCGUAUGGUCGACCCCCCCGGAACCGACCCGCCGUGGCCCUUCUAUUGAUAAGACUGAAAGUAGGGAGGUGCCCCCCCCUGAGAAACUGCCUCGGGGCAGCCUGACCAGCCAAAGCAGUGGCCGUGGCAGUGCAUCCUUCCUGAGACCCCCCUCACUCACACCAUCCCUGGGGGGACCCGGACCUGGAACCCCCCCAGGGGAUGGGGGCAGCUGGAAGGUGGGCACCGAGCCAGUCCCCAUUGUGGGGGGGAAAAGGAGGGACACAUCUGUGGACGAGAGCUACGAAUGGGACACGGAGGUGACAUUGGCCACCGACCUGCUGGCUGCCCUGCAGCUGUACCGCCCAGCAGAGCCCCCCCAGCCCCUCUCCACCAUCACCUUGCGGGACCUGGAGCAUCAAAGCAUGGCAAACCGGGGACCAUCGUAUGGGCUGAGCCGGGAGGUGCAGCAAAAGAUUGACCGUCAGUACGACCCCGAGCUGGAGCAGCUUUUGGUGCGCUGGAUGGUGGGGCAGUGCGGUGAGGACAUCCUCCAACCCACGCCUGGACGUGAUGGAUUUCAGCAGUGGCUCAAGGAUGGCACCGUCCUGUGCCGCCUCAUCAACAGCCUCUAUCCUCGAGGCCAAGCACCGGUGGCCAAAAUCCAGGCAUCUACCAUGGCCUUCAAGCAGAUGGAGCAGAUCUCCCAGUUCCUGCAGGCAGCUGAGCGUUACGGCAUCGCCGCCACCGACAUCUUCCAGACGGUGGAUCUGUGGGAAGGGAAGAACAUGGCGUGCGUGCAGAGGACGCUGAUGAACCUGGGCAGCUUGGCGGUGGCCAAAGGCGAUGGGCUCUUCGUGGGAGACCCCAACUGGUUCCCUAAGAAAUCACAGGAGAACCGCCGCGUCUUCUCGGAGGAUAAACUGAAGGAGGGGCAGAGCGUCAUCGGGCUGCAGAUGGGCACCAACCGUGGUGCCUCGCAGGCGGGCAUGACCGGGUAUGGGAUGCCCCGACAGAUCCUCUGAACGGCCCCAAAACACCCCCCCCCCCACCCCAACCCCAAAGCUUCCAUGGGGCUUGGGGGGGGGGGGGAGAGGGGUUGGGGUCCCCAAAGCGCAUCGCUCUUCCCCGUGGACCCACCCCCAUGGACCAACCUAUGGACCCCUCCAUGGACCAACAGGGGCUGUGCCCACACAGCAGGACCAAAAUCUGUGGUUUUUUUUUAUAAUAAUUAUAUUGUCUCCGUGUCCCAACCCCUCCCCCCCCUCUCCUUGUCAUCCCAACACCGCUGUGCCUUGGGGGGGCCGUGCUGGGGAGAGCCCCCCACCCCCCCAGUGGCUCUCGCCCCAAUAAAUGGCCCCUUCUUGUUUA